GUUCGUAUGACAUGACUACUGAGAGCUCUACUAGUGUAGAACCACUAGCUAACAAAAACAUUAAAUCCCGGUCGGCAAACGUUUAUAUUGGAGCCUACAUAAAGGGGGGCAACCUGCUGCCGUCUGCUGAUGCAGAUGGACGUCUGGACCGAGCACUGACUCCUGGGAAGUGUUACAUUCCAGCUCCUCUUCUUCACCCUCUUUGUCCCGCAUCACCCUCCGUCACGCUGGCAAUGUCAAGGGUCCCGAGUCCCCCUCCCCCGGCGGAAAUGUCCAGCGGGCCGGUGGCCGAGAGCUGGUGCUACACGCAGAUCAAAGUGGUGAAGUUUUCCUACAUGUGGACCAUCAACAACUUCAGCUUCUGUCGUGAGGAGAUGGGCGAGGUCAUCAAGAGCUCCACCUUCUCUUCGGGGGCCAACGACAAACUCAAAUGGUGUUUGCGAGUGAAUCCCAAAGGCCUGGAUGAGGAAAGCAAAGAUUACCUUUCUCUGUACCUGCUGCUGGUCAGCUGUCCGAAAGCAGAGGUGCGUGCAAAGUUCAAGUUCUCCAUCCUCAACGCCAAGGGAGAGGAGACCAAAGCCAUGGAAAGCCAGAGAGCGUACCGCUUCGUCCAGGGGAAAGACUGGGGCUUUAAAAAGUUCAUCCGGAGAGAUUUCCUCCUCGAUGAGGCCAACGGUCUUCUACCCGACGAUAAGCUAACGCUCUUUUGUGAGGUGAGCGUCGUUCAGGACUCGGUCAACAUAUCCGGUCAGAACACUAUGAACAUGGUGAAGGUGCCCGACUGCCGGCUAGCCGACGAGCUGGGGGGCCUGUGGGAGAACUCGCGCUUCACAGAUUGCUCGCUGUGUGUGGCAGGACAGGAGUUUCAGGCCCACAAAGCCAUCCUUGCAGCACGCUCGCCUGUGUUCAGCGCCAUGUUUGAGCACGAGAUGGAGGAGAGCAAAAAGAACCGUGUGGAGAUCAACGAUGUGGAGCCAGAAGUUUUCAAGGAGAUGAUGUGCUUCAUUUACACAGACAAGGCACCCAACCUGGACAAGAUGGCCGACGACCUGCUAGCAGCAGCCGAUAAGUACGCUCUGGAGAGACUUAAGGUCAUGUGUGAAGACGCUCUGUGCACCAGUCUGUCCGUGGAGAACGCCGCCGAGAUCCUCAUCCUGGCCGACCUGCACAGCGCCGACCAGCUCAAAACGCAGGCGGUCGACUUCAUCAACUACCACGCAGCGGAGGUGAUGGAAACGGCCGGCUGGAAGUCCAUGGUGGCGUCCCAUCCACACCUGGUGGCCGAGGCUUACCGCUCCCUGGCGUCGGCCCAGUGCCCUUUCCUCGGACCCCCACGCAAGCGGCUCAAACAGUCCUAACGUCCGAAGGGGCAUCAGAACCCACUCACGCUCGCACACAUACACACACAGAAGCAGUAACCCCCCCUCCCCAGGUCUGCACCUGUUCCCCUCGCUGUUACCCACAACACUACCUAGAGCCUCCCCCGACCCGUCCUGCCCCACCCAGAACCUGCUGUAUCUAGUCUUUUUAAAGAUGAAGAGAAGAAGAAGAAGAAGAAGGAGGAGGACGAGAGGGGGAAAAAGCUGGGAUUGUAAAAGUCGAUCUUUGCUGUUUACAAUAAAACUCCGCCGCACCCCCGUCUCCUUUCUCCUGGGCUUGGUGAGUUCUGUCGUCGUUCUUCCCGCACGUCCUUGGAAAUGUACGACGUCUGUUUUCCAAGGAAGAGCUGAACACGCAAACCUCGCCAAGUUCGGAGGUUUGGAGGACGGCGGCAGAUUUUAAGUGUCCGUUUUAUCAUAGAGCGAAUCGAGCGAUCCGGUGCCCCCCCCCACCCACCCCCUGCCCCCAAACUCAAGGACACGAGGGCCUGGGAUUGAGAGGGCUGUGGUCACAAACUAGAAGCCCCCACCCCCAAGAAAGACAACCAAGGGCUAGUCAAAAAGUAAAGAUGGGGAGGGAUCAACAAAAAAAAAAAAAAAAUUUUCCCCAGUGAAACUUGGGGAAAAAGUUGCACUAACGUCACAGAUCAGCCCUUGCCAACCCUUAACCAGCAGGAACGUAGAAAUUCUGUAGGCAAGCACACAAAGAAGCAAGCUUCAUGGACCUGAGACCCAGCCGGACCGCCACCAACAAGUUCCCUUUAAACAAAAAAAACAUCUGCAAGUGACAAAAACAACACGUGUACUCUGUCCGAGCUUCACCUGCGUCCAUUUUUCGGUCGGUCUCCAAAGGGGGAUGGGGGGGGGGGGGAUUCUAGCGUGUCUAAAAAAUAAAAUAAAAAAUGUCUGAAGACGACCAGGAGACGACAAAACGUCGAGAAAUGGUUACAAAUAUUUAAAAGGGUUUCGGUCAGACAUGUUGAUGUUCUCUUGUGACAGAUUUCUUUUAUUUCUUUUCCCGCAGAGCUGUUUUAUUUUUUGCUUCCAUAGGAAAUUGUACAGACACUUUUCAACAGUCAAACUGAAAGAAGAGACCAGAUUUUUUUUUUCUUUUUUCUUUGCAGCAUAAUGCAGCAUAAAAUGAAAUUGCAAUGAACACGUUUUAAUGUUCAGAAUAUAUCAAUUGUAGACAAAAAAACUAACUCCUGAACCACAAACAAAUACAGUCAUUGUGUAAAAAAAAAAAAAAGAAAGUGCACCCUCUGUCAGUUCUUGGGUUUGAAUGACCUGCCGUUUAGCAGGUUCUGAUUAUUUAAUCCAAAACACACACCCUCAGAUUACGUCGCUAUUUAUUAAACAAUGAUGCCAAAAUGAAGAAGUGUUGGCCAAAAUUUACGUACACCCCCAAAAAACCCGAAAUAUCUACAGCAUACGUAAAACCCUAGAACCUCAGCGGUGGUACUUUUCUUUCCUUCAGUUCUGAACCGUGACUGUACAUUUGAAGUUAUCAUUUCAACCAGCUGGUAAAUGGUAAUGAUAGAAGGAACCGUUGUUUCUUUUUUUUUUCCUGUAGAUAUCUCUGAUUUUUGAGAAGUGACACUUAGCUGUUGCCAUUUUUUUUUUCUGUUCCCAGAAAAAUAAACCACAACUAUUUUGUAUUGAAAGCGGU